CACCAUUGCAGCGUGGUUCAAUGGUUUGUUUUGGUUAAUAAAAGAAAUAGCAUUGAAUGUAGCGAAAUGGAAAAUGCAAACCUUGAGCGUUACCACAUGGAACCGCCCUUGCUUUUUCUGGGAGGCCCAGGUAAACACACCUUCACAGAUGAUGACAGAAUGAACGGCAGGGAGAGGGCAAAACAAAAAGAGUGGGCGGAGCAAACAUGUUUGGCAUCUGUGAACAGAUCUGUGAACCAGAAUGUGGACUGUUGUGGCUCUAUUAAGACAACAUGGACCGGCUAUAGAAGACAUUUGUUCUGUAGAGUGACGAAUGAUUAAGUCGCAUGAUGACUUCUGGGAUAACAAGCUCCUAUACUACAAUUCAAAGUAUCCCUGAGGAGUUAGGCACAAAAAAGCCCCCUGACAUUGAAGAUGUGGAGGAAACUACUGAUAGCACACUCAGCUCCAACCAAUCGUCCAGCAUGUCUCCAAGUUCAUCAGAUGACCAGGAGACUGGAGAAGAGGACAAUUGUCUGUCAAAACCUACUGAGCCUGCUCCCACAGAUAAUGGUGAAUCGGAAGAAACAGCCAAGCCCAUACCACGACCCAGGUCCAAAAUAAACCUUGAUUGUACUGAGAACCAAACUGAUGUAUCCCCCUCCACAGACCAAACCACCAAUGAACCGAAUCAGUCUUCUGAAUCCACCAAACCACCUCCUCUAGAGAGCACUUAUGUGUUGGCCACUGAACCCUUACCUCUCAUUAAUAUCAAAAAGAAUGAAGUAAAGCGUUCGUCUUCACUCCCUCGGCCCGAGCGACCCCCACCUCCAGUUGGUUACUACGGCAUACGCACGUGCAUCUCCAAGCCUGCUUCUCUGUGCUCUGACAAUGAAGACGGCCAAGAAUCCAUAUCUUCCUCCAUAAGCUCUGAGCAGCACUCUCCUGUGUCUCCAGAUCCCACUGACGAUCAGGGCAAUCUUUUUGGCAUAUAUCGACCGAUGACUGAGGACAUGGAGAAACCUGCUAUUCCACCUCGGCCCCCUCAACCCAAGCAACCCUACGUCUCCUCUGCAUCACUGACUUCCCAGUCGAGACCACCGCCACCGCCAUUCAGACCCCCUCCUCCACCAUCUGAAAAAGAACCUGUGUACAAUGAGAUACAGUUUCCAGCUUAUUUGCACAUUCUGCCUGAACAUGAUAACAGUGUGACCCUUGAGAGACAGACUAUCAGUAGCCGUUCUUCCACAAAUCGUUCGAGCACGAUUUACACACAGGAAAUACUCGAGAUGUUAAGGUGGUUGAAAGUAGUGUCAAAAACGGACUACAUGACUCCAUCUUUAUAUGGUGCUAGUUUAGAAGAAGAAAUCAGAUCUUUUCAUCAGACAACUAUGAACCUCAAAAAGGCUCUGCGCCUCUUCAAUCUUCUAAUGAUGAGGCGCAGUGAAAUAUUACGAGACUACAUCUCAGAGCUCACCUCUACUUCUGAUGCUCUGGACAAGGCGCUCAAAAGGAAGAAAACGAUCCAACUGGCUGGAGGCACCACUGGUGCUGUAGGAGGGGUCACUGCAGUGGUGGGCCUUGCUCUGGCUCCAGUGACUCUUGGAGCUUCUCUUAUUGCCACAGCAGUAGGCGCUGGUAUGGUGGCUUCUGCUGGGGGAGUAUCUGCUCAUGUGGCUAAAACCAAAAAAAAGGUUAUUACAAGAGAUGGAAUUGAGAAACUAAUAAAUGACUACACUGAAAAUGUGAAGGACCCAGAGCACUGCUUGUGCUUUAUCCUCUCUGGUAUGAACGAGGUACGUCGCUAUGACUCUGCACGGCUACAGAGAGCUGGGGCCCAGCUCGAUGCUCUGAAAAUUGCACAGUUGACUCAGUCAGUGUUUAACAACAUGGACACUGUGAGGAGGAACCCAGCAGCACAGACUGGAGGAAUGUCAUCAGAAAGACUGCUUCAUUGCUUUGCCAAAGAACUGGAUUAUUAUUUUACAGAGAGGGAAGGACAGAAGCUGAAAAAGUCCAGGAAGAGCAGGUUUUCUGGUCGAGUGCGUUUACUUGCAGAAAAUCUUCAGGACGAAUUGGAUUACUUAAAUCAUAUGUGGGCACUGUUUAAUUGAGAUCACUGUACCGAAAUGCUGUCUUUGUCUUUGAUCAAAGGUAUAACUUUUCAGUGGCAGGUACAUGACCUGCUUAACUCCAUAAAAAAAACUUUAGAGCCUUGCUGUAAAUAUUCUACAGUAAUGUAAUAAACAUAUCAAUAUUGCAUUUAUUUAAUAAAUAAAUGUGUUUUGAGUGGGGUCGUAUCUCCAUGGAUCUGAAACUUGGUCUGGUGGCAUCUCCUGUUUGUCUCCAUGAAGAGAAAUUAAUGGCAUACUUUGGAACAUUCCUUGCAAAGCAAUAGCAUCUCCAUAGAGUGCAGCAGGUGGCAAACAUGAAUCUAUUAAACUAACAGACAGACCCUCCACCAGAAAAGUUAGUUAGUGCAACCUUAUGAAUUUCAUUGUGAAUGGAUAUUU